GAUUAUUUUGACGUCACUUUCCUUACAAUUUAUUAUCAUCCGUAAUUUCGCUCAACCUUGGUUGGACCAUUUGUAGCGGGUGCGCCGCGCAGACGGUCUUUUGACACGUGCAGUUCCGGUCGGAGGUGGGGCCGUUGGUGGUGAUGCUGGUGAUACUAGUGUACUGGUGCUUUUAAAUUGGUUUCUAGAAGGAAUAGGUAUCAGAAAUGAAAUCAGGAGGUCUUAGAGUAUCGUGUGAAUGACUUUUAUUUACCCCUCUGUUUUGCGGACCUAAAGUAAAUAAAUACCUGAAAAUUGGCGCGCUUUCGGCCCAGCUGUCUGAUCACGUGUCAUGUACGUCACUGCCGGCACUGGAUUGCAGUAUGCUGAUUGGGUGGCGGUUGCGAAUCACCUGGCUCAAACGCAUUUGCGCCGCGACUGGUUAUAGCUGCCCAUACCGCGCGUCAAAACAAGCUUAUAGCUGCCUGUUAUGUCGUCGCACCGCCCACACGCACUCAGCGAAGACGGCACCGCGUUUGGUGCUGUAUUAGUGGUCAGCAACACGUCCAGGGAGCGACUGCCCGUCCUCCCCGCCCGCCCGGCCGGCCAGUCCCUGCCCGCCGACCGGUCACCGCCGGAGGCGCCGAGCGGCACAGACUGGCCCUCCACCACCGGGCUGGCUGGCGUCUGCCUCCCUGGCUGGGACGGGGUCACCGGCAAGGACAAAGGGGGCUGCCGAGUGCACGCCGCCCGCCGCUCAGCGCGUAUAAAAGGCCGGCGACGCGCACACACGUCACUGCUCAAUCGACAGCCGACCGAAUCACCAUGAAGCUCCUGAUCGUGCUGUGCCUCGCCGCCGUGGCUCUGGCCCGGCCCCAGAGUGAGAGGGAUGCCACCAUCGUCGACUACGUGAACGAGCACCGCGAGGACAACUCCUACGACUUCAGCCUGGAGACUUCCAACGGCAUCAUCCGCGAGGAGUCUGGCCUCUCUUACCCUGGCGCCGACUCCGAGACGGGCAGCUACACCCAGUCGGGCAGCUUCGAGUUCACCCACCCUGACGGCACCGUCACCUACCUGUCCUUCCUGGCCGAUGAGAACGGCUACCAGCCCGAGAGCGACGCCCUCCCUGUCUUCACCGGACGCGUCGAUAUCCAGGACGCCUAAAUCUUAGUCACCUUUGAUGUGUUCAGUUCGAUGUUCUUGCGCGCACCUGUUCUUGUUUUGAAUUAUUUGAGGAGCAUGCAAGGCCCUUUGACAAAAUCCAUUGCAUUCAUCACCACCCGUUUCUGGCCAACUGAUUUUUUUUCACACAAUUUCCUAAAGUCUCAUGUUUCUCUCAGCCUGCAUCGCUUGAUUGAGCCGUCUCAUUAUUGAUGUCGGGCCUCCAUCAGUAAAUACCCAUAUUGUUGUGCUGUACUAUGCUUGUAUUCAUGCAAUACAUUUGUCUUGUACGGUA